AUGAUUUUACGAUUGAUAUUUAUGAUGACGGUGGCCUCUGCGGCGGAGUAUGUGAAAGACACUUCGUGUAAAGCUUUUUCGAGUGUUGAGAGCUUUACGUAAGUAUUUUUUUCUUCAAAUCUUGUGAAAUUUAUGAGUUUUUUUGAUACAGGAUCGAAAAAGAUUGAAAAUUUCUGAGUUUUUAAGAAAUAUUUCUCAUAUUUGAAACAGGGAAUUCUUUAUUUUUUUCCAAAGCGACUAGAAAAAUAUGAGGAUUUUAUGAUUAUUAUUGGAACACUUGAUGAAAGGCUAGAAAUAUAGAAAAAAAUUGAUUCUCAUUAAUUUUUUUCUUUUUUUCGUUAAAAGAUUUGUUUUUUUCAAUUGGCUACAUUUUUUUCGGUAUUUUUUUAGUAGAAAAGUGAGGUUUCUACUUUUUUUCUAAUGGAUAAAAUGAGUGAAGAAAAAAAAGAAAUAGGGUAUUUUUUUCAAUCGGCUUUGCUGGAACGCUUUUCAUUAUAUUUUUUUGAAGGAAAGUACGAUUUUUUUGACUUUUUAAACAGCUAGAAACCACUGAAAAGUAGAGAAAAGCUGCAUUUUUUUGACCGGCCCAGUAAGAACAUUUUUUUAAAUGGUUUUUAAGAAGAAAUUUCGACUUUGGGAGAAAAAAAAAUAAAACGAUUUAAAAAAAGAAAAAGGCGUAUUUUUCAAUCGGCUCAGCUAGAACGCUUUCUAUUGUGUUUUUAAAGAAAGUACGGCUUUUGCGUUUUCAAAAAACUUAAAAAGACUAAUAAGCAGAAAAAUUGAACCUUCGGUCAUGUUUCAACAAUUUUAGACAUCGGAUAUUGUCGACAUGCCCGGUGACGUAUCAAAGCGGCAGUAACGAUCCGCUUUUCGAUCCCAACGAUGUAUUUUUCGUCCGUUGCCCGACGUUGCGUAAGUGUUGAAAAUUCGAGAAGCUUUGCCAAAAGUCGUUUUCAAGCUCCCACGGGAGACGAUCCGGGCGGCCCGAUGGUUCUGAAUGCGACAGAAGUCCUCGCACUCUUGAAAUACAGGGACAACGGCCGGCGACAGUGGUGCAUGCUCACGUGGGUUGUUAUUAUAUAUGUCGAAACGUUUCUGAGCAGUUCUAGGGUUCACUUAAGGGUACUGACGCAACUAAAGCGGUCACUAGAAAUCCCCAGAAACGUCCGUUUCGGGUUACCAAUGUCCGAGUUGUUAUGAGCAUUUUUUUCUGAAGAUUUCGACUCUUAAAUUGAUGCGGAACAUGGAAAUCUAGACUAUAACGGUAAAAAAUGCGAAAAAUUUGGAAAAAGGCUGCUUUUUAAUUUUUUUCAAAUCAAAAUGCAUCAAUAAAAUAGGAAGAGCUGGACAGGUUCUUCAAGAAAAUUUUCCAAUUUUGCUCUUUUUUGAGCUUUUCAGGACAUUUUUCUAUCAUUUCCAAGCAAAAAAUGACCAGGUUUUUCACAGAAACUGGAAGAAAAUAGUUGAAAAAAAAAAUUUUCAAAAAAAGCCUUCAAAAGGAAUGAAUCGAUAAUCAUAGCAAAGAUAGAUAGGCUCAAAAUAGAUGUUUUUUUUUUCAAUCUGGCGCCUUUCUGAGCUUCUUGAGAGCUUUUUUUUAUCAUUUCCAAGCUAAAAGUUACCAGGUUUAUCACAGAAAGUAGAAGAAAAUAGUUGAUAAAAGACCUUAUUUUUCAAAAAAUCCCUAGGCAUUUAUCUAUUGCUUGAAAUCACCAGGGUUUUUCACAGAAAAAAAUGAGGAAAAUAUUUUUUUUUAUAUUUUUCUGUAUGUUUCAGCUUGUUUUACGCUCAUCAAUGUCCCUUUUCGCGCGAUAUCGCGCCUCAUUUCAACGCGUUGGCCGCCCUUUUUCCGGACAUUCUUCCCGUUGCGAUCGAUGCCACACAGUUCAGCAAGUAGGAUUUUUUAUAAUAUUUGGGCGGGGCUAGCCUUGCGACGCGGUCGGAGUUUUGUCAUUUUUUUCGAAAAUUUUGGUCCUUGAAUUUUUCGCAUGGUUUGUAAGUCAGGGGGUUUAGAAAUGGUUCAAUUAUCAAAUAUUAUGGUUAAAAAAAGGUUCCUUUAUCAAUAUUUUUCGGUGGUAUGAAAAAAAUUUUCCCGACUUUUUUCCCCUAUAUUUUUCCGUUUAUAAAACAUCUAUAAAAAUUUUUUUUUCCUUUUUCUUUGUGUUUUAUUCAUGAAUGAAUGUCUUCUUUACAUAGAAAUAUUUAAAAAAAGAAGAUUUUAUCGAGAAAACAAGUCGGAAAAAAUUUCGUCGGAAAGGUGGCCUUCGGAAAGUUCCCUAGUGAUAUGAAAAAAUUGGAAAAGUCGCCGUUUGAAUUUUCGCUGUUGUUUUUUUCAUACCACCUAUUUUUCAAUUUUUUUUACUCCAGAACGAGAGAAAAAUGCAUUUUUAACAUGGCCAGCCCCGCGUAGCUUUUGGAUUUUCAUCCCUUCAACCCUCAAAUUCCAUUUUUUGAGACUAAAUUUCCGGUACGGCGUGACCGGAACCCCGACGGUUCUCCUGUGGCAUGCCGGCGUUGCGGUCGCCAGAAUGCAGGGCACUUCCCACGACCUCGCCGGCUUAUCCGUAAGAAUCCCCCCGUUCUUCUAAAAAUACCAUUCGAAUCCCAGGAGUUUAUCGUCGCCAGAACGGACCAACUCCCCCGAUUCAGCCCAAAAACGACGAACAUAACGAUACCCGAUGGCUGGGACGUCCUCGUUAUCGACAUGGACAAUAAGAAUGCCUACGAUUUGGAACACACCCUCGUCUGCUUCGCUGUCACUCUUCUGUGUAAGCUUCAACCCUUUUUCCAUUGAAGAAGUGAGAAAUUUCAGAGGGGUCAGUGGUUGAGAAUCGGACUCCUGUUGAGAAGAUUUUGAGGGGUUCCUAUAGGGUUUUAUUGUUCUAGGGAUUUCUAUAAAGUGCCCCUCCAGGGUUAUAUCUUCCAGUAGCCCUUUUAGUGGUUCAGAGUCGAGCCCCUACUGGGGAGAUUUCGAGGGGUCCCUGUAGAGUUUUCUCGUUCUAGAGACCUCUAUAGAGGUAAAUUUGACGACUUCUGUAGGGAUAUAGGGUUUGACCCCUACUGAGAAGAUUUUAAGGGGUCCCUAUAGGGUUUUGCUGUUCUAGGAAUCCCUAUAUGGGAAAAUUCAAAGGCCCCUGUAGGGGUUUAAGGACGGAACCUCUAUUGAAAAAAAUUUGAGUGGUCCCUAUAGGGUUUUGUUAACUGCGGAUGCCUUGAAGAGACAAUUUGACGAGCUUUGUAGAUAACCUCACUGAGGAAUUCUUGAAGGGCCCCUAAAAUGUUUUCUUGAUUUAGGAACCCCUAUAGAGAGGAAAUUUGAAAGCACCUUUAGGGGCAAAAAAGGGGUUCAGGGUCGGGACCCUACUGAGAAUUUUUGAAGGGUUCCGAUUGGGUUUUGUUGGUUCAGGAGCCUUUAUAGAGGGGAAAUUUGACGGCAUCUUUAGGAGAGGAAAAAAGAGAGGGUGCAGGCUCUGCCUCACUACUGAGUAAUUUUCGAGGGGUCCCUUUAGGGUUUUGUAGUUCUGGGGACACCUAGAAAAGGCUAUUCGACAGCCUCUCUUUAAAGUGAUCACUUUGAGAAAACAUGACUUGAAAGAUCACUUCAAUCUAUUCACUAAAGGAGGCUAUCCGUUCAUCUUGCAGAACGGUGAAUAGAUUUUUCAUGACCUAAAAGUAUUUUUUCAGUGGUUCUGUACACUCUGCGGAAGCAGGUCCUCUACAGCAAGAUCGUCCAGCUCCCAGUCGUGACGUCAUUUGGCGUGCAGAGCUACGAGCGCCUCCUCUACCUGUUCUACCUGCCGCCGCCGCCUCGGAAUGACCCGGUUCCGGAACCUCAGCCGGAACAGCCGCCAAGAGCGCCGAUCCCACCGGCGACGCCUUCGAUCGGACGUCGCCCUUCUUCAGACGGCCCCGAGGAGCUUGACCAGAUGCAGGACCGUCUCGACCCGGACGCCAUCGAAAGAGAUGCCAACGAGGAAUCGUCCAGUUCUGACGAGGACUGA